AUGUCUAGAUUGAAAACUAAAUAUGAGGCUAUUCGUUCUCAGAUUUUGGGUGGUUCUAGUCUUCUCUUACUACUUGAGGUUUUCUCUCGUAUACAACGUGCUAUUUUGUCUACGAUGUCUUCAGGCAUCGAUCAUGGUGUCUCCACCGAUUGCUCGGCUCUUGUGGUUCCUCUUAGUCAUAGUGAUGGUCAUCGAGGUGGACAUGGUGUUCGUGGUGGUCAAGGAGGUCGUACAAGAGGUCGUAUGGGUGGUCGUGGGGGUCGUAGUGGACCUCGUUCCUGUACUCAUUGA